CAGACACACGGAAGUAUCUGAUGGGGGUGCUGAAAGUGCUCGUAAUUUUAUCCUCUUUCAUGAGGGUUAACAUCGCACCGCACCGUUCCUCUCGCCGUUUUUACGGAAUCAUGACAACCUUUGACGAUGGAAUAGUGACUUCCCGUUUGAUUUCAGGCGACGUUUAAUUCAACCAUCUCCAGUUUGAGUAAUCUGGCUCACCCCGCUUUGAAAAAAUGGAUCAGGAGUUUGAGAACAUCGAUUCAUCUGGACAGUGGCAAAACCUUUAUAACGAAAUCCGUAACCAGUCUCAGGAGUGUCCCUACAAAGUGGCCAAGUUCCCAGAAAACCGCAAUAGGAAUAGAUAUAGAGACGUCAGUCCCUAUGAUCACAGUCGGGUGAGAUUAGAAAAUUCAGAGAAUGACUACAUAAAUGCGAGCCUUAUUACCAUGGAGAAGGCCCAGAGAAGGUACAUACUGACACAGGGCCCCUUGAGAAACACUUGUGGUCACUUUUGGCUAAUGAUUUGGGAACAGCGCUCCAAAGCAGUUAUCAUGCUUAACAGAGUUAUAGAGAAAGGCUUGGAGAAGUGCGCACAGUACUGGCCAUCAGAGGAGGAGGGGGAUAUGGAUUUCAGUGACACUGAGUUUGUGGUGUUUCUGGUAUCGGAGGAUGUUGAACCGAAUUACACAAUAAGAGUACUAGAACUUCAAAAUAGCAAGACAGGAGAAAGCAGACAGAUCUACCAUUUUCAUUACACAACGUGGCCUGAUUUUGGUGUACCGGAAUCCCCAGCAUCAUUCCUCAACUUCCUUUUCAAGGUUCGAGAGUCCGGCUCUUUGGGGCCAGAGAACGGGCCUGCUGUGAUCCACUGUAGUGCAGGAAUAGGGCGAUCAGGGACGUUCUCAUUGGUAGACACCUGCCUUGUCUUGAUCGACAACUGGAAAGACCCUGCCUCUGUGGACAUACAGAAUGUUUUGUUAGAUAUGAGAGCGUAUCGAAUGGGCCUUAUUCAAACUCCAGAUCAGCUUCGAUUUUCAUACAUGGCAGUUAUUGAGGGAACAAAGAGAAUUCUGGGAGACGCUGCUUUACAGCAAAAGCUGUCAAAAGAACGACAGGAGUCAAAUGCUGACUUGGGUUCAUCUCAUCCGAGUCCCAACAUGAGUCAAGACAAACUGAAUGGACAGUCUGACUUGUGUACAGAGCCUCAGGAUCUAGGAAGAGGCGAGAGGAUACGGUCACCAAAAGAAGAGCAUCUUGCAGAUUUGAAAACAGGGAGCCUACGCAAGAGAAACCGUGAGGAGCGGAUAGCUACCACAGCACAGAAGGUGCAGCAAAUGAAGUUGAAACUGAGUGAUUCAGAGAAGAAGAAAGAGGACUGGCUUUUCUGGAGACCCAUUCUUCUAAAUGUUGGUGCUGGUGCAGCUUUAGCACUGGGACUAUGCAUGUGCUGGGCUUUUUUGUCCCAGUAAGGCCAUUUUGCCACACAGAUUCCUCUUGUCUUUUUUUCCAGGGACCCAAAUUAUGGUACUUAUACAAGUAGGUGCUUGGAUGUUUCUAGAUAGGGGACAUGUAAUAUUGUGUUUACAAGCAUUUAUACUCGGACAUUAUACUACACGAUUUAUUGAAUGUUUGUGUAAUAUGUGGUUAUUACAGUGUAACACGCUGUAGUUACUUUGUAACUACUGUGGUAAUUCCAUCUUGGUUCCAGUUUUCAAAGCCUAACAAUGUACUGUACAAAAUUUUGUCUCCGUUUAUCUGCAAAAGCAAUGUUAAAUAGACACAUUAUUCCCAGCAAGGUCACCAGUCCGUUUAAGUCAUGCUUUGGCCUUCAGGCUUUGCUGUUUCAGCAUGGCUAUUCAUAGGGUGAUUCAGUUGUUUCAGUAGGUAAGAACCCAGAGAGUUUUCAUUAUGGUCUUUACAUGCACAUCUCAGGAUCCUCUAGUAAUAAACUGACUGUAGACACAGCCAAAUGUAAUAAGUGGUCUGGUUUCCACUUUGAAAAAUGUACAUAGUAAACUCUUUCACUAAACAAGAAACAUUGCAUUCUUUGUGUGUUUCU